ACAUUGGCGAAAUUAUGUAAACGCAAAUACGCCAUAAAUAAAAAAGAAAAAAAAAGAGAAGAGGUUAUAAGAAAUGGCAAAUAAUUUAAAGAUUUUGUGUACUAAAUUGAGUAAAUUAAGAUUAGAUCAUAUUGUGACAAGAUCAGCAGUUUUUACUGUAAAAUACCGACCUCCUUAUUGGUAUCAACCUAAGGAAAGGGUGCUUUCUGAUGAAUAUUUGACACAAGAUAAUAAAAAAUUUAUAGAAGAGUUCAUAAACGACAGAAAAAAUACCCAGCAAGAACUGGAAUCUCCUCUAGUUAAUGGUACGUUUCAAAUUUCUCAACAAUGGAACCGGAGUACUCGAAGGGUUGGCCUUGUUGCACGCAAAAUAGGGAACUACCCCAUUUGGUCCAAAGAUGGCAAGAAAAUGCAGACCACUCUAUUACAAGUUGUUGAUAAUCAUGUAAUAAAAUAUAUACCGCCAGAAGAAUUUAACCCAAUGAAAACCACAGAACUUAAAUGGCGCGAAAAAAGAAGAUUGGGUUGUAUCCUAGUUGGAUCGGAAACGAUAGACCCUACUACAGUAACUAAAGAUUACACUGAUCUGUUUAGUAGAGUUGGUAUGUUGCCAAAAAAACAUUUGUUCAGAUUCAUGGUUUCACCAGAAGCUGCUCUACCAACCGGUACACCAUUGUUCGCCAGCCAUUUUAGAGUUGGCGAUUAUAUAGAUGUACGAGCAAAAACAAUGGACAGAGGUUUUCAAGGCGUCAUGAAACGGUGGGGUUUCAAAGGAAUGCCUGCAUCUCACGGAGUCACUAAAACUCAUCGUCGUCCUGGAAAUAUAGGCGCUGGAGGCGAAAAAGCUCGCGUUUGGCCUGGAACCAAAAUGCCUGGACACAUGGGAAAUAGGUGGAGAACACUUCGUGGAGUAAAAAUUCUACGCAUUAACACAAAAUACAAUGUCAUAUGGACAUUAGGAGUUGCCAUUCCUGGAGAAACUGGUGCUAUGUGUUAUUUGUUUGAUACCGUUCUCCCUCUUCGUAAAUUAGAGAGUAGUCCACCAUUCCCUACAUAUUUGCCUUCUAACGACGAGCUUAUAGAAUACUAUGACGAGUGUGUCCAUCCCUUUGCUGAUCGAACUUUGACAUUUGAAGAAACUUAAUUUAUGAUAAAAUGGUUUUGUAUAUGUAACAGUACUAUAUUAAAUAAAAUUAGUGGUUAAAGUU